AAAGGCGCUCCCUAGCUGAAAAAAAAAAAUGACAGGCGUGAAGUCAUGAGCAAUGAAACAAACAUUAUUUUUUUGUUUUUACGACAACUUCUCCAUGCGACUUCAUUUCAGAUAACCAAAGUAUACGUUGUUCACACGUCUGUAUCCGUCCGACUCUGAGGUUUGAAUAUAAUGGACACAGUCUUGAGCAGGCUGGCAACCCUGAACCCAGAUGAGCUGCGAGAGGAGAUCACAAGGGCAGGAUUAAAAUGUGGACCCAUAACUGCGACGACAAGGGGCAUUUUUGAGAAAAAGCUUGCCCGAGCUCUUUUAGGGGAUCAGCCUGGAGCCAGGCCAGAGGUCGAUGCUGGAGAUCCCAAUAGCUCUUUGGAUAAGAAUCAGUCUCCAGCAGCAAGUUCAGAUGUGCUGAGGACGGAUGAAGACGCUACCCAACCGGCGUCUUCUGAAUCUCCCACUUUAUUUUACGGGGUUUUGCCUCCUCUAGAUGAUUCGCUGCAUAACAAUGGUGUCAUCCACGUUUAUGACAACAAGCAGAAAGCACUAAAAGCAGUCAUGACGAUGAAAGGUUCGAGAUUUAAAGCUUUUUAUAACAGAAACGAUGCUGAAAACUUUGCCAAGGGCUUGUGUGAUGGUGCCGUGACACCCAGCAAGAAUUCACCAGACAAACACCAUUCUACAUUUACAGCAGAGAAACUGCCAACUCUGGAAACAGCCUGUUUGGAAAAGGCUAAUGAAUUCAGAAGUCCACGCAUACAAGACCUGACAACGAAACUUAGAAGAGCUGUGGAGAAAGGAGACGAAGAGGCUUUUAAAAAGCUUGUUUGGGAAAACCCAAGAUACCUUAUUGGAUCUGGAGACAACCCAACUAUUGUGCAGGAAGGCUGCAGAUACAACGUCCUGCAUGUAGCAGCAAAAGAGAACCAAGCAGAGAUGACGGGCGUAAUAUUGGAGACACUACAAAAUCCAGAGUUCAUGCGUCUCAUGUAUCCUGAUGAUCAGGAAGACAUGCUCUGGAAACGAAUCAGCUACAUCUUGGACCUGUACCUUAACACACCUGAUAAAGGAAGCAAUGAAACGCCGCUUCACUUUGCUUGUAAAUUUGGAUGCCCAGACGUAGUGAACGUUCUUUGUUCACAUCCAGACAUUGAUAAGAACUGCAGGAACAAGUAUGGACAGAUGCCGUUUAGUGUGAUCUGUGAAAGGAAAAACAAGAAUAAAGAAACUAAAGAAAAGAUUCAAGAAUAUUUGGAGGAUCGUUUUUUCGUUCCCUUACUGAGAGCCACAGAUAACACUCUUAACCCAGUGAUCGGUGCACCCUGGGUUCCUGGCGCCUCUAAGUAUCGGGAUGUGUCAAUAAUCCCUGGUCUGAUGGAGGAUCCUAAAAACCCAUUGAUGACUAUCAGGGCAUUCGUAGGCCCUCUGAAUUUAUCAAAGGCAGAAGAGUUUCACAAGCUGUGGAAAACACCGCCUCGUGAUCGAGCAAAAUACUUUCAUCAUAUUUUAAAAUCCGAUCCUGAUCGAGGAGCUGAGAGAGUAGGACGGGAAUUAGCGCAUGAGAUGGGGUACCCCUGGGCUGAAUACUGGGACUUCCUGAAUUGUUUCACUGACCUCUCCACAGAGGAAGGAUUGAACAUGUUGGAGGAUUACUUGAUCAGAUCCACCCAGCAGAAGCAUGAUACAGAGAACAGCUUUUUACAUUUAAAAAGUCCUGGUGCACCUGCUGCUUAUGAAAAGCCAUCUAAUAUCAACACACUGCUCGAUGAUCAUCUGCCUCCUGGGACGCCAGCAUGUCGAGACAACUGGACUGAAGGAAACAGGUUUCCGGUGUGUGACCUCAGGAAUGAAUUUGAGAGGGUUGCCUUGGAUCGGUCUUCUGGUGCUGAGGAUACGGCAGAUUCGGGAUUAGGUUGUCUCACUGCGUCUGGUUCUGACGGAUCUGACGGAGGCUCUUUAGGAGCAUGGGAUUGGACAGAGAGCGAGGAGGACGACUCCAGCUCAGAGGAGUACCACACAGCUGACGAGGACACUGACAUCAUUCGCCAGACCAACAGCAGUGGAGGAACGUGUACACCAGCACAUGAGUGUCUGGACCACACCAGUCCCUUGAGCUGUGAGGAGGAAGAUCUGUGCAGUUCUGUGUCUUCCUGCUCCUCUUACAAAUCCUCUCACAGUACACCUGAACACAUCAAGGAGUUUCAGCCACAGGUUUUUCUUGCCGAUGAAUCUCCCAGUAAGCUGGACAGCGAGGUGUUGUUAGCAGUGACCGAAACUGACAUGGACGAGCAGCGUUUUCCCCUCAUUAACAGAUGGAGGAACAUCGUUUGCUCUUAUCCUGAAUCUCAGAGGCACCGAUGGCCGAGCGUUACGGUGACGAUCAGACACACAGGGAAUCAGACGUCAACUCCACGCAGACUUACACACAGCUGGCUAACGGGCUCGCCCAGCUUCCUCAGCAUAAACAAGUUGAUCCCUGCUUCAUGUGUGUAUAGCGGCUCACCCAACAAACACUAAACAUGCACUUAAACAUUUAUCCUAUAGCGCACUUUCUGCUUUGCUUAUGCAAGACGAGUUAUUUAAUCGCACUGGUUCAACUCUUCUAGAAGUAUUUGUUUAGUUCAAUUAUGAUAUUUUUGUCCCCAUUACCUUUGAACGUGGUCUUGGCAAAUCCUGCUCACCUCUCCUGUGGCACCGGAGAUCUACCAUCCAGAUCAGUUGGUAGCUCAGCUCAUUAAAUACACACACUAUCGAGUUAUCUGGCUGUCUUUCGUAACCUGUACCUAUUUAAUAAUCAUUUUUUCUAGUAGGUUCUCUACUGUGGUAGGUUAUUCAAAGCCCCGUGCAUAACUCAAGAAGUUUCUUUGCUGAAAUGUUUGUAUUGCAGAGUUCAUGUGUUACACUUUAUUUGGUGUUUUUGUAUUUAAUGAAUAAUUCACGCCACAUUGCCUGACUGUUCACUGUGUAUCAUAAAUAAUAUAUUGGCUUGAGGAAUUGCACUACAAUUUUUCUACUUUGUCAAUAUUUUCCAAAGAGAGUAAGCAUUAUAUUAAAUGAAAAAUAAACUGAUUACACAGGC